CGCGCAGUCGGAGAAGGGCAAAAAGUUUCUCCUCUCGCGGUUCGACGACAAAAAUCUAGUCUCGGCCGUUAUGAACGCGCUUCGGGUCGGUUUCUUUUGUGCGACAGACCAACUACAGACAACCAUGAGGCUGUUUGAAAUCUCAGACCCGCGCAUUUUUAGCUCCAUGAGGAUGGAGUGUGCGCCGCAGCGCUACGGAAACCUAGGUGCUGCAGUCUACAUGUCGAAGCGACGCGAGCGGGCUCCGCCGUUGAAGAUCGGCGAGGUUGUAGGAUUUUCUGAUCUAACAGACACAGAGCGAAGUAAAUAUGUUCCUGGUUGGCGUGUUAAUUCGUACGCGUUAAGAGGUGAGGGCGUGGAACACAGGCACGCACACAGCAUGUUCACCAACUCGCCACCUUCCUCUCCCGAGCAGCCGAUGGUGCUCUACUACGGAACGAGCCACGUAGCUGUCGGGUUCCGC